AUGUCCACCCACUCGCUGUCCAACCAAUCACGGGCCGAUCUAGCCAAGGAACGCUCUCUCUUGUCUACUGGCCUGAAUGCUCUCAAACUGGCACUUGGACCGCAGCUGGCUUUCCUGCUGGUCGUAAGCUCUCCAAGUCAAAUCUCUGUCCAUCUAUUCUCCGUUCCGAUCCUUUCCAAGACUUCUCCUCUACUAAGUUCCCAUGGUCUGAAGAUCACAGUUGCUGGGUUUGACUCACUUAACCUCCUGCGAUAUACUCACAUACUGCACGACGAUGGUAGCCUUUGCGUCAUCCACAUGGAUUUCAAGAAGGCGUUCGGCAACGUUGCGCACAAACUUAUAGUUUAUAAAUUAUUUACAACUGGAAUAAAAGGAAAGCCACCGACACGAAACGAAGAUUUUCUUAGAAGAAGGCCACAAACCCUGUACAUCGAAGCCUCGAAUUCAACCUAUGCUCCCAUCCUAAUUUGUGUCUCCAAAGGCUCAGUCUUAGGUCCAUCGCUCUUUCUAGUCUACACCAACGACAGCGCCGAAAAUCUAAGUUGUAGCGCCGUCAUGUUUGUUGACGAUGUUACAUUGUAA